CAACGUACACGUAUAUUCAUUUACAUGCCCAGACAUGAACUGGUAUCCAGCUUCUAGAACUAUGGGUAAUCUACUAGGUAUGAUUUACUUACGUACUAUGAUAUUUGGUAUUUAGGGCUGCAUAAAUGGUUACCAUAUACAUACUUACCUUGCGAAGCAAUUCUAUGCCUGACUAACAGCGGCCCUCACAUUCACGAUGUCCCGCUCGCUAGAUAAAGAUCUUCUAGCUCACCUAGAAGCUAAUGAUCCAAAUGAGGUAUAUAAGGACAUCUCGACAAUCCUCACGAAUCUACCAGAAAAUGAAUUGCUAGAGAUUGAGUUGCUUGGGAAAAGUCAUCCUCUACAACCAGGGAUCAACUACCUUAGAGAUGGCACGGCUGUUGCAAUUCCUAAGCUCAGGCUAGUUCAAGCAUUUUUCGUUGCACGCCGAUUGCUACAGGCCUAUCAUGAGGAUAGCACAGUAAACCGCAGCGGAGUGAUGGCUGCAACAGCUGUACUGCUGCUUAUGGACCCCGAACAUCUGACAGCCGCUAAUACCCGGAAACGACUGCUCAUAUUGUCAUUAGAAACUAGCGAGGCGGAUGAGUUGGCAUUAAGACGGGAGAAGCAGUUUGUGGAUAGCCUUCUCACGUCAAGGCUGUAUCGGCAUGCCAAAUCACCAACUCUCUGGUCACAUCGCCGCUGGUUGCUCCACCUAUAUACAAUUCACGACGUAGUCGUGGACUUGCAGCACGAUGUUAAGAAUGUUAUCAUGAUAGCAGGAAUCCGACAUCCUCGCAACUAUCCUGCCUGGCAUCACGCUCGGCUCUUAGUGGAUCGUAAUCCGGGAUUGGCCGAGUCUAUAGUUGCUGAUGUUAAAGAGUUCUGCUUGAAGAAUCAUACCGAUAUUUCCAGCUGGAGUUUCCUCGUCUAUGCCAUGGGCAGGAUUAAAGACAAAGAAAGCCGCGGCAUGGUCUACUCUUCCGUUUUUACAGAAGUCCUUGGUAUCACUGACUCGUUGCGCUGGAUAAGCGAGUCUGUCUGGACAUUUCUGCGCGCCAUAGCGACGGUGGAAUUCAUUAAUGAUCAACAAUUUGAGUCAUUUUUGGCCGUAAAUAAGAGGCUCGCUUCCAUAACACCGGAGGGCGGUAGUCAGUGGCGAACACUGGAUAGCGCACAACGUUGGUGCGAAAAGCAUCGCCCUCUAAUGGGGUCCAAAAUGGCAGAAUGAGCCCGAAUUAGUACAGCAAAGCUACCAACCGUUGGAGGAGAAAACAUGAGGCCUCGGUA